AUGACCGUUCGUAGAGAUAACGAUAAUGAGGAAAGUCGACUUACUGGAAGGCGAUUGACAGAGGACGUUUUAAAAGGAAUUUUAGACGCAGAUAAAAACAUGUACUACCGUACGAAAGAGUUGAAUGACAAAUUGUAUAUACAUUAUGGUGGUUAUCGUAAAUUGGAAAAUCUCGACGAAUUCACAGGUCUCAAGGUUCUUUACGCUGAAUGCAACGGUUUUUCCAAAAUAGAAGGGCUGGAGCAUCUGACGGCACUGAGGAGUUUGUUUCUCGGCCAAAACUGCAUUGAGAAAAUCGAAAAUCUCGAUAACAAUGCACAACUAUGGACAUUGAGUUUGCCUGACAAUUUUAUUAAGAAAAUAGAGAACAUACGGCAUCUACGGAAACUAAAUACUCUCAAUCUCGCCAACAACCAGAUCGGUAUGGGUGGCGUCGGUGACAUCAUAUCGUUGAUCGAGGCAACUGACCAGAACGAUGGACCCCUGAAUACGACCGAUGAUGGAGAGGGAGUAGCCGUAGUUGACUUAACCAACAAUAAGAUUGAAGACCCCGCUGUCGUAAUCGAUGAAGUUUUCGUGAAAAUGAGAGGGCUUAGAGUGCUCUACUUGAAAGGGAAUCCAGUCGUGAAAAAAAUACCAAACUAUAGGAAAACACUCGUUGCCAAGAUGCCAGGGUUGAAAUAUCUCGAUGACCGUCCGAUAUUUGCCGAUGAACGCAGAUUGGCAGAGGCAUUUUUCUAUCGUGGUGGCAUCGAAACGGAAAGGGAGGAGAGAAAGUUGAUACGGCAGGAAAAGGAGGAAGAACGUAGAAGAAAUAUGAGGAACUUUGAUCGGAUGAUAAGAAGGGCUCGAGAGGAGUUUAGAGAGGGAAGGCUCAUGCGGUCUAAUGAUGAUAGAUAUCCUAAUCCUGAGGAUGAUCCUGUGGAUACCAUUGAAAGGAGGCGAGAGAGGUGGGCCCAGCAUAACAGGGAAAUAGUAGGCAGACCAGAAGAAGGUCCUGCUCUGCCAGUACCAAACCCGCCUACUCCUGAUAACGUCAAUCGUGAUGAUAACAACAACAAUGAUGAUGAUGAUGAUGAUGAUGCUGAUUCUACAAUGAGUACCUCUUGCAGUACUGCAGGGAAUAACCAAUCAACAGAGAGAAGUGAUAAUGACGGGGCUAACAGUGAGGCAUCAGCAGCAACGACUACGGCUAUUGCACAAUCUACGUCUCUAUGGGACGAUAAUAUUUUCACACGAGAAGGAGCUGUUACGGACUCUAACACGACAGUUGAUGAUGGUGAUGCUCUCAAUGGCAUGGAUUAG